AGUUCCAGCAUAACCAUGAGGCUAUCGUGCGCAAUUCUACUAUUGGCCUCCGCCUUGGCUUUUGCUAGUGGAAGUCCCACUUUCAAUCGUACCGAACGAUCUGAUCGAAUUGUCAAUGGCUAUCCAGCCUACGAAGGCAAGGCUCCCUACAUCGUUGGCCUCUUCUUGCUCACCGACGGCAGCAACAGCGCAGCCGUCGGGGCUGGCACCAUAAUAUCCAACACUUGGGUUCUGACGGCGGCCCACUGCCUCACCACGGACUCCGUGGACAUCAACUACGGCUCAAACUGGGCCUGGAACGGUCUGUACAAGCACAACGUUAGGAGGGAGAACUUUAUCCUUCAUCCGGGCUUUGGCAACUCGGCUGGCCACGACAUCGGCCUCAUCCGCACUCCCUAUGUGGAGUUCACCAAUGUGGUCAGCAACAUUCCUCUCCCGAAGUUCGACCAACAGGGAGAUCGCUUCGAGGGCUGGUGGUGCGUCGCCUGCGGCUGGGGAGGCAUGGACAAUGGCAAUCUAGCGGAGUGGCUCCAGUGCAUCGACGUGCAGAUCAUCAGCAACAAUGAGUGUGCCCAAUCCUAUGGCUCUGUGGCCAGCAGUGACAUGUGCACAAGACAGUCGGACGGACGGUCCGUCUGCGGUGGCGACUCUGGUGGCCCUCUGGUCACGCAGGACAGCCCAAUGCUGGUGGGCGUGAUAACCUUUGCCUCCACCUCCUGCAAGAAUGGACCUUCCGGCUACACCCGUGUCACCGAUCACCUGGAAUGGAUUCGCGAUAACUCAGGAGUGGCCUAUUACUAACUUUGAUCAUCUGUUCUUGUAAUAAUUUACCACGUCUCUGUGUGGCUAUACUAAAAUAAUGAGUAUUUCGAAAGGCCUGCCAGUUCGUUACAUAGA